ACAGUCAAAAAGGUUGCUCGAGUUCUUAUUGAGAGCUAUUAUGGGAAGCUUACCCGCGAUUUUCACACAAACAAGCGUGUGACGGCUGAUGUCGCUAUAAUCGGUUCAAAGAGACUUAGGAAUCGUAUUGCCGGAUUCCUCACUCACUUAAUGAAGCGAAUCCAGGCGGGGCCUAUUCGCGGCAUUAGCAUUAAACUGCAGGAGGAGGAACGCGAACGUCGCGACAACUACCAGCCCGACGUGUCUGUUCUGAGCAUGAUGGUCACUGAACUGGAUCCGGUUUCUACAGCCAUGAUCAACACUGGUCUCCAUGGUUAA